AUGGCCGACCAGUUGCAGGAAUCCGACGGCCUUCGCGAGCGCAAGAAGACGGUCCGUUUCAAGCCCGACGAGAAGCUGCCCCAGCGCAACAAGGCGAUGAAGUCGAUCCUGCUGUGCGGCAACCUGGGCGCGUACAUCUUCGCCGAGUACAUCGAAAAGGACUGCUGGGUGCCGUUCUUCCUCCAGCUGACCGCCUGGUUCUUCCUCCAGGCCCAGGUCAUCGGCAACGCGCUCGCCGUCCAAUCGCAACGACACAAGAACUGCCCGAUGUACCAGAUGAAUCGGCUCGGGCUGAAUGCGAAAAAGCUGGCCCUCAGCUCGGACCGGAAGGCCACCAUCGGCACCAAGGUGUACAGGGCAUGGCGAUACUGUAAGACAUGCGAAAGCGACAUGGUCGGCUACUGUGUGGCUGUGCAGACGCAGCGCUACUUCCUGACGAUGUGCUUCUACAUCACGGUGAUGGGGCUGUGGGGCUCGAUCGUGUCGUUCAGCUACCACUGGGACGAGAUUGUCUACAUGACGCCGACCUGCUGGGACGACAUUGUGUACGCGUGGGGUGUGCUGUGCGGCGUUCCCGGGCAGUUAUGGCAAGAUCCGGAGGGCUCGAUCACACGCGCCUUCUGGGCGACUCUCUUCUAUGAAAAGCCGCUCAUCAUCACCCUCCUCGUCACCCAGGUUGCCCUCCUCGCCGUCGUCAGCGGGAUCACCUUCUUCUCAGAGGGGCAUGCUCGGCCCGCCCGCUAUCCGACGCGAAUGUCCUUCUGCACAUUGUUUUUCGUGGUCUUAACCCUUCCCGUGACGGACGCGGCGGAUAUGCUUCAAUUUCGUACUGAAGUUUGCCAGUUGGGCCCGCUCUCGCUCGUGCUGCUGUCCAUCCUUGUCGCUCAUCUCUUCAUUGGCUGUAGCAGCCGUCGAGCUGCUCGGAUGGCGCACAAGCCAAGAAAGUCUGCGGGCAAUACUCCGACCAAGGAAAAUCCGGCACGAUCACCAGCUACACCUUCACUCUGCUGCUCCACGGCCCCGACCAAUUGGCAGCCACCGACCGAUGUCAAUCCUCCUGCGACCCGGGCCGCCUCCGUCUACCUGAUCCCGAACGCCGAGCCACUCACUCCAAGACUUCCCGAGAAGGAAGCGGAUGUUGCCACCCCGGUCAAAGGGCCUGCCAAGGCAUCGAAGAAGAAAAAGAAGACGGAGCGUGACUACUUCGCAAAGUGUCGAUUCUGCUCGCAAGGCAAGCGCGAAACGGUCGGACAAUUGGAACUCUGCGCAAUUUGUACAACUCGGACGUUGGGCUGGUACCGUAACCCGAACGGGAAAUGUGUGAUGAGCAACUGCUGCGAGCUGUACUCGCUAGUCAAGGGAGACGAGUACCUCUGCGAUUCGCCACAAUUUCGUCCCCUCAUGAUAUGUCUCGUGUCACGGUGCCCGAGCUGUUG